AAACCGAAGGUUUCUUUCUCAUUUCAUUUUCCCGGUCCCGUCCAGCUAUAUAACAUACAUAACCAAAGUACAAUUAUUGUUCAAAACUGAAAAUGUCGGUGCAAACACUGCUUUUAGAUUUUUCUAUUGACCCGGCCCGCUUGGGUGAUGAAAGCGGGCAAAAAACCGUAUUCGGCCAAUUGGAAACAGUGCUGAAAGAUUACAUCCCAAAUCUUAUUUUAGCCGCUGAAAUUAAAGUAGAAGGAGGUUCCCUGAAGUUGUUAACUGGUAAGAAGGGGUCUACAGUGGCUGUUAGAUUGUUUGACAGAGGCCUCGUGACUGUCAACAUUGAAUAUUACAAGGAAGAUAAUGAGGAACCCUUAAUAAACUUCAAGUCGGCGAGGGUAUUGGAAAGUCAGCUGAAAAAAUACAUCAGUGUCAUAAAAUCUCAGGCUUACCCUCCUCUAAAACGAUGCCUGUUUGGCAAGUAUUACCCCACUUCAGACGAGCGAUUGUUGGAGUACGACAUCGAUGGUGUACUAUUCGACGAGCAGUCGCCCUUUCAAAGAGUGCAGAUUGUUCACUCCAAGACACUUGGCAAUAUGCUCGUGUUGGACGACUUGCAGAAUAUAUCGGAAGCUGAUCUCGUGUACACGGAGACACUGAUGCAGAGAGGGAAAGAGAACUACGAAGGGAAAGAAAUUGUCAUUUUGGGUGGUGGAGACGGUGCCUUACUGUACGAGCUGCUGAAAGAGAAGCCAAAGUUCGUGUGGAUGUUGGAGAUCGACGAGACUGUGAUGACCGCGUGCAAUAAAUACUUGCGCCCCAUCUGCGGGGAUGUGCUGGAGCGACGAAAGGGACCUAACUAUGAGAUAAUCGUAGAAGACUGCAUGUUGACUGUGAACAAGUUGAUAAAGGAAGGCAAGAAGGUGGACUAUAUCUUCGGCGACCUCACGGACAUCCCCAUAUCGGAGUCAGCUUGCGGGGAGCUCUGGGAGUUUAUGAUCACCAUCCUGCAGAGCGCCUUCAAGAUUCUCAAGCCUAACGGGAAAUUCAUGACUCAUGGAAACGGUGCUACUUCGCCUAAAUCCCUGGAGCUGUAUGAGCAGGAGUUGAAGAAGCUGAAACCGCCGGUGAAGUACAGCAAGAGCAAGGCCUUCGUCCCCUCCUUCCUCGAAGACUGGAUCUUCUACCAAAUAUCCUUCAAGACCACCGACAACGGAGAUGCUUAACACCCCAUUACCAAAGACACCAGUUCCUUUAUAUACACUCUACUAAGUCAUAAUGCCAUUUGUUUAGGUUGUAAGGUAAUUGACGCCGCCGCUUGGGAGAAUUCCCGCUCAUUGGUGAACCGGUUUCAUCCGGUUUUAGAGGCUAUUAACAUUCAGUAUUACUUACCAAUGGACAGUCAAUCGUCUAGAAACUUCUGGAACAAUCGGGAUUCCAGGCGGCGUUUUCAAAUUACGAAUCUAUGGGUGCAAUUUACGUUAGAACGGUCAUUGAACCCUUCGACCAAUGAUCACGACGUAUUAUACGAUAAAUGUGAUUUGUGUAAGUGCAACAGAGCCAUCGCAAACCCAGCUUUAUAUUACUAUGAUAUAAAAGCAAAUCUAGCUUGCAUUUUAAUAAUAGGUUGUAAGGACAAAUGUAGUUUUACUACAACUUCGACAUUACUUGAUAUAGUUGAGAGUUUACUGUUAGACCUCAUAUUGAUAACUCGUGCUUGUUCCUUUAAUUGUUUUAUGGAUAAUAAAAAUAUUUUAAAGCGAAA